AUGAAGACUUUCGCCUUCUCCGCUGCCCUUCUGGCAUCGACUGCCGUCGCCCUCCCGACUAGAGUCCUGUCCGCUAUCCCCUCGGGUAUUCCAUCUUGCCUGCCCUCCGGAGUCAUUCCCUCGGGAAUUCCUCUCCCUGUUUUGUCCAUGGUCCCUACUUGCUCUGGUGUUACCCCCACCGCUACUCCGGCCCCCAGCAGCGCUGUCUCCAGCAUGGCUAGCAGCGGCUCCUCCGGCGCCGGCCAAAUCUUGAGCGUCCUCAACCAGGCCGGUACCUCCCAGGUCGAGAUGAUGGCCGAGAACGAGCUCAAGAGUCUCUUGAGCAAGAUUCCCCUCAGCGAGCUCCAGCAGCCCGUGGGCCAGAUCCUUGAGACUGCCGAGAGCGUCGGACAGCUGAACGGCGGCAACGGUGCUGGUCUCGGCCAGAUCACCGCCGUCCUCGAAAACGGAAACGUUGCUCUUAUCCAGCUCACCCAGAAGCUCGUUGACCUCCUUGACAGCCUUGGUCUUGGUCAGGUCGGCAGCCUUCUCGGCUCCAUUGUUGGCGGUCUUGAGUCUGUCACUGGCAACGUCAAGCGUGAUCCCAUCUCCGAUGCUCUCUCUAUCACUGACUUGAACGGUCUUGUUGGUGGUAAGAACCUCCUCGUUCAGGUUGAGCCUACCGUCCUUGGUCUCCUCGGUGGUCUUGACCUCACCUCUCUCCAAGAUGGUCCCAUCGGCAACGUUGUUGCUACUGCUACCUCUCUCUCCGGUCUCAAGGACCAGGUUCCCCAGAUCCCCGGCGCUAGCUUCAUUGCUGUCCACGCCCAGGACUUUGCUUCCGUCCUCCUUGUCCAGGUCGACUCUGCCGUUGAGGGUCUUCUCUCCACGCUCGGUCUCGGUGGCCUUAGCACAAUUGUCGGCUCCGUUGUCCCCGCUGUCUAA